AUGCUUCUUCCCGGUCCCGCUCAUGUUGCCCGUCCCGUGCCCGUGAUCUUACGAAGGCUCCAACACUUCCCGUCGCUGCCCCUGGCGCUGCCACUGGCUUCUGGACUGGCAGUUGCAGCGCGUGCAUCAGCGGUGCUGCGCCGUGCCAGGAACACUGGAAGAUACCUCAACGUCAAUGACGGUGUUGCGGGCUGCUGCGAGCUUUGCAGCCUGGACCGGGACCUGACAAUCCAUCAUCUCAUCCCAAAGGUGCAUUGGAAGCGGAUGAAGAAGCGACGACAAGUCUCCGGUAAGGACGAGCCGCCGACAGCUAUUCUGUGCAGGACUUGCCACAGCAAAGUACACCGCACCUUCACGCACAGCGAGCUGGGGCGCAACUACAACACUGUCGAGGCACUCGAAGAGGCUCCAGACUUGCAAGAAUACCUGGAGUCUCGUCGACCCUGGGGCCAUGCCCAAGCUGCAGGCAGCAAGACGAGUGACUUCUAA